GGAUUUCUGUCAAUAUUUUGAGUCUCUGCAAAUAUUUUUAAUUGAAUAACAUUUUAAAAACUAAAUUUCAAAUGAUAAAAUAAAUAUUAUUAUGAAUUUACCCGUACAUUUAAAUAAUAAAAUUUUUAGGUCAUAAUUUGAAAAAAAAAAUCGUAUUUCUUGUUUUUUUGGUUUCCCCGGUUAUUAUGAAAACUACUUUGGAUAUCAAAAAAAGGCUUUCUCUGCUAGUGGCUAAAUACUAAACGAAACAACAAUGAUUUCUUACAACAUUUUGGUUGGAGUUAUAAUUCUGGUAAAAAACAUAGUGAACCUAAAUUAAAAACCGUGAAAACAAUGACGCCGUGGCAUGUCGUAAAUAUUUGCCGUUAUACAAAUAAUUUUUUUUCUGAUUUUUCCCAUAUAUUUUGAAAAUCAUUUAGAUAUUUAAAAUAUGACCGUCCAAAUGUAGCAACUGGAAAACAUUAUUUUUCAGAAAAAUUUCUAAACGAUACUUCAGAGCAAGUGUUAUGGUAGAAAAAAUGAACAUACACACAAAAUAUAAAAAGACCAAAUCAUAGAAAAACCAAUAGAUACCCUCGCUAUGCUUCAUAUCUAAAAUAACAUAUUCUAAUCUUUAAAUAUUAAUUUUUUCAACAGUUGUUUUUAGUUUUAAUGUAUAGUUGUAUAUAUUUCGACUUAAUAAUUGACAUUUAGGUAAUAGAAUUUAACAGGAUUUUAAAUCUUAGUAUAGAUGUUUAGAAUAAAUAAUACACUCUAGAUAUUCUUGUUAAUUUGUAUUUUUAUUUUAUUUAUAUAAAAUUAAAAUUGUAUACUAUCCAAUAAGAUAUAGAAUAUACAAUACAAGAAAAAUUGUGUACAUGUCAUUUGUAUAGUGGCGUUUUGUUUAUCGAACGAGCAACAUGUAUGUUCCGCUUUCGAAUUUUGAAUACACGCGUUCGUUUAGUAACAUACUAACUAUGAAUAUGCCUUCGCCUUUGACACACGCGUGUGCGAGCUUGGAUCGUCUUUCGGAAUGUCUGUGACGGGUCAGGUUAGUUAUCCAUGCAGUUAUACUACAAAUACAACAAGACAACGAAAAACUUAACUAAGUUUGUUACCCAAUUACAAGUGAGCAAUGCACAACUACUGAGUGAAUUAUUACAUUUCCAAGUGAGUUAUAUUAAUGAUCCUAAUAAAAAUAUCAAAAACAAUACAAAGAUAAGUGAAAAUUUGGAUUCUAAUUCAGGUGUUAGUAAAAGCCGCAAAAUGAUUCAGCGAAAUAUCUGGGAAUACAUAUUGACUCACGACUUCACUGGAACAUCAUGUACGCCAGAAAAAGUUGCAAAACAAACAAAAAUUGCACAAACUGUUGUGGCUAGUUGGUUGACACUCCGAGGUAGUCUUAACCAGCAAACGUCUCUUGUACGUAUCGAUACUUAAACCGAUUAGGAUUUAUGGUAUUCGACUGUGGGGUUGUGCCAGUAAGUCCAAUAUCGAAAUAAUACAACGAUGCCAGAUGAUCGCUUUUUGUACCAUUUCCGCAGCAUAUCGGUAUGAUAAGAACGACAUAAUUCACCGCGAUUUGAAACUGUGAUCCGUGCAGGAUAAAAUUACCCGGUUUGCUCGCAAACAUGCAAGAAAACUGAAGCUCCUCAUAAAUGUGGCUGCCAAACAGCUCCUCGACUACUCGAAGGACAUCAGACGACUCAAACGACUGAGAAUAUUUGACUUAGUCUAAUUAUUAGAUUAAUAAUGGGGCUGAUUUACUGGAAGUAAAACCCCACACAAGUUUUAUAAAUAUAUUUUGCAUUGUAUGCAUAAAUACUUUUAUUGAUUUUUAUUUAUAAAGAUUCUUUUAUCGUUUAAAUAAGUCAAUUUUACUGUAAAAUGAAUUGUUUUAGGUUAUUUUUCAAACUGUUUCGAUUUGUGUUAGUGCAUUUAAAUUCAAACGGGAACGUCAUUGUUCUAACUUUUGAUAACUACUUUAAACACACAUUGUAACCUUGUUUAUUAUUCUAUAUUCCACUCUCCACACAUGUUCUACCCAGUUAAGACUUCGACUUUUCAUGACACCUACUUUAUCGGUUUCGUUAAAUGUUAGCCUUUAUACUGCGUUUGUCCUUUUCUUUACCCUUUAUUCAUAUUUAUUGUUUUCAUUGAUCUUUUUAUGGCCAAAUAUCCUCUUUAGUAUUUUCUUCUCAAAUAUCAUUAGUUUCUUUUAGUCCCCUUUUAUUGAUUCCCAUCCCCGAAUGUAUGUUAUGCAAUAUGCCUGACUUUGGCUUUAUAUAGCCUAAUUAGUGCCCUCCUGGAUACUAGUUUUGACACAGUAAAUAUUUUUUACUGAAAAACAUUUUUAAAACAAAAUUUCAAAUAAUUAAAGAAAUAUUAUAAUCAAUUUUCCAGUUCUUUUAAAUAAUAAAAUUUUUAGGUCAUAAUUUGAAAUAAAAAUCGUAUUUCUUGUUUUUUUUUUUUUCCCGAUUAUUCUGCAAAUUACUUUGGAUAUCAAAAAACGACUUUUUCUGUUUGUGGCUACCAACUUUUUAGUUGAGGCAAUAUUUCUGGUAUAUAAAUUAUAUUGUGUAAUUAUCUUUAAUGUCACACAAAAUAUAUUUUUAUAGUUUGCUAUAUUUGUUUAGUAUAUUAAGGACAUUAUUUUAAAUAAACAAAUCAUUAUUUACACAAGUUUUUAAAUUUUUUAUGUACCACUAUAAACGAUACAUUAUUCU